GAUAAUGUGUUUCAGCAUAGGUGGCAGCAGUGAUAAAUGAAGAUUUAGGCACUGGGAGACAAUUUGUCUAGAAACUGCUCUGCAGCAACAUUGGGAUCACAACACAACUUCUCUCCUAUGUAGUUCUCCUACCAAGCACUAGAUGUCACUGUGGCCGUUUUAUCCGGCAUCUCUAUGGCAUGGAGCCGACACAUGUCUCCUCACUCCCGGAAAUGUGGCUCUCUAUCCGGCAACUCUAUGGCAGGCUGACGAUGAAACCACACCGUGUGUGCGCAGAGAAUAACGCUGUGGAAGAGCAAAGAAAGCGCUGGGAACGGAAGAGAAACCGCACAGCGCAAGAGUUACUGAAGACAGAGCGCCGGUAUGUGGAGGAGCUGGAGCUAACGACCAAGUAUUAUGAUGAGGUAUUCCGAGCUCGGUGUGGAAAUCUUAAACUCGCCCGGGAAGGAAUCUGCGGCACCAUUCCGAGUAUAGUAAAGAUAAACAGGUCUCUCCUCAUUGCUCUGGAACACAACCUGGCUGGCUCAGGAUUUCAGACUUUCUCUCAAUAUCUCCACCUGUAUAAGACACACACAGAUUGCAUAGAGCCCACAAGACUUGCAGUACAGACACAGGCAAAGAAGAAUAAAUCUUUUGCUCGUUUCAAGAAGUUACAAGAAUCUCGUCCCGAAUUUCAUGGCCAGACCCUCGAGCAACUCCUGGAUCUUCCACUGCUCAGACUGUUUAAAUAUAAACAUUAUCUCCUGGACAUCGUGGAUAAUUCAUUUCCCGGAUGUGCAGACACCUUGCAGCUGAAUCGGGCUGCACAGGACAUCGCUGAGGUGUGUGAGUAUGCCGAAAACGUGAAACAACGCCAGGAAAAUGAUCAGCAGCUUCGGAGAGUCCAGAAAUUACUGAAAGGCCGCAGGGUCCGUAUUGCACGCCCAGGAAACUUCACACAGGCAGCGACAGUAACGCAGGGAGUGACGGUCUGCAGAGGUCUCAGCGAUUUCCUCAGAUACAACAAAACCUUUCCUCUACUAGAGCUCCAAAGAGACAGCAUGUGGACGCUCCAAUCCCAUAUGACUCCACAAUACUAGGAGACACUUCAGCCAAGAGACUGAAAACAGCAGAGUGCCAUGAAGAACGGAUAGAGCCGUCUCCACCUCCGCCCCCAGACGUGGAUGCUGGAUGGAAGUGUGUGGUCCUGUAAGAGAUCUUCGGAAUACAGAGGUGGCUUGUCCCUUAGUCCUCAUGCUCUCACAUUGGACGUGGAUGGGAGGGAAUGUUAGUAGACGUUCCCUGGAGUAUUGGACUGAGCUGGAGAGUUUUUUACCACAUAAUUAUUCUAAUAAAAUGAUGUAGUAUUUGAAUGUU